CAUAUUUCAUUUUAUAUUCGCCAUCAUCAUAUUGUACAGUGUAGAUUAUUAUUAUUAAUUAAACAAAAUUGACAUUUUUAAUUUCACCAUAAUUACUGUAACUCAUACGUUUAAAACAACUUAAAUAUUUGCAAAAAAAAAAUUUAGUUAUCAAUCGGCACCAAAACACAUAUAUGUAAAAACGCAUACAAUGUCUGAACAAAGUGACCAAAAACGACAACAAUUAUUGGAUAACCUCUUUCAUUGUCGAGAUGUGAAUGAAACUAAAGAUUUUUACGCCAAAUGGGCCAAUGAUUACGAGGAGGACAUACGUGACAUGGAGUACAACGGCGCUCAGAUUGUGGUAAAAUGUUUCCUAGAGCUAAACUGUCCACUAGAUUGUCGUAUACUGGACAUAGGGGCGGGCACCGGGGUAAUUGGGACUUUAUUGAAAAAACACGGCUACACUAACAUAGAUGGUUUGGACGCGUCACCAAAAAUGCUCGAGAUAGCCCGAGAGAAAGAUUGUUACGUGAACCUGAUCAAUUCAAUUGUGGCCAACAAUAUACGAUUGCCUAUCGAUAGUAAAAGCUAUGAUGUGGUGAUAAUGGCCGGUGUGUUUUGUCCGGGUCAUAUCAGCGUAGAUGCUUUUAAUGAGAUUUUACGUGUUACUAAGCCAGGCGGUACGAUAUGCUGGGCAAUGGGUGUGGAGAAAACGUACGUAGACUAUGACGACCAGUACAGAGACGGCCAGUUUGAACGGGCAAUCGUCACACUCUGUGACCGAUUGAAAUGGCUUUCAAUACUCGGUUACCCGAAACGAGUGGACAAUUAUUUGCACGGAAAGGACGGCUGGUUUCACGCCAUGCAAGUCAUAUAGAGUGACCACGUUUUGGCAAUUAUUGUUUUAUUUUGAACUAGGAG